GCAAUGGAUGCUUUCAACCUUCCUUUCAUACGGUUAUAUUUGAACUUGAAAAAAAAAUCCUUCGGCUAUAUUUAAUCCACUUAUAACGGCAAUCUCAUCUUUGUAAAAAAUCUGAACAUUUGUGCUCUGGCAAGACACAAAGAAGAAGCUGAGGGGGGGCAAGGAUUUUGGACACUAGCAACUCAAACAACUUUUCGGCUCGAACUAUUGGAUCAGGGUCAUAUUAUAAUAUAUGGCAUCACUGAAUUAUGAAUCGGAAUCUGAUAGUGGAACAUCCAGCACAAGAUCCCUCUCUCUUACUAAAAAAUCAUUCGAUAAGCAACUCACAAGAGAUGAUGUUUAUGAGGAAACAAACUCCAAUGUAGUUCAGACUUGUGUAGUUCAUGUUCCUGUGAUGAUUUCUACAUUGUUAGUGGAAAAAAAGCUCCCACAUGGCGGUUCGAAAUUUGGUAGGGUUUAUAUCCGGCGUGAUAGAAAAGAGCGGCAUGAUAUGAUUUUUAGUGAUUAUUUAAAAGGUGAGCAGUCAAAGUAUACACCAGAAACAUUUCGGCGAAGGUUUCGAAUGGAUAUUGAUCUAUUUAAACGAAUUUGGCUGGCCAUCGAGAGUUAUGGUGAUUACUUCAUCCAAAUUAA